AAUCGAAAUAUAAUAGACAUGUAAUACACCAGUUGCUUACUAUUUGAAUUCGUUGUUUCGGGUAAGGAACAUAUAAAAUGAAUUUCAAAUUGUACGUUUUGGCAUAUAUUUUUGGAAUCGCGUCAGCGGCAGUCUACAGGCAAAGGAGAACACCGGGGCCGGGCAAUAAACCAGGUUGCUAUGUAUCUUCGUUGGGUCGGUACCUAAAGGGGGGUAAGAUGACCGAAGAUGUCCACUGUGGCCGGUUUGAAUGCCACGAUGAUGAAAUUGUAAUCUCCACUUGCCCUCUUGUCAGUACUGAUGAUCCGCAUUGUAAAAUACUGUCGUUUGAAGGAAAAAAUCUGGUGUAUCCAUUCUGUUGUCCCCGUGUUACUUGCGAUGGUGAAAUGAAACAAGAAGAGUACGACAAUAAUCGUAAAAGGCUUCUCUCUUCUGUAUUUUAAGAAUCAACGGUAAAUAUGUAUUACCUACAAAAUUCUAAAGUGCAUAUUCAAGAAAUAAAAUUGUGUCAUUAAGA